AUGUUGGUCUUCAGCAAAGAGCUAAAAGAUACUGAUCUCCGUGUUCGCUUCUCGUUCCCAACUAGUUCCUUACGGCAUCUAGAUUUCGGGGGAAAUAAUUUUGUUGAUUUGUAUGUUAAAGACAGCAGUGAUGAGCUUCGGGUGAUUCGUUGCAGGAAAAGAGAUGGGGAGUACGACAAGCCAGUGCUGUCUAAAGGUUGGCUUCAAUUUGUUUCCGAUUAUAAUCUGAGGGUUGCUGACAAGGUUGUUCUUCUUCGUGAGGACGACCCUCACCUCGGGUCUCAGUUCAGGAUCGAAGCAAAGAGGAAAAUCAUCUUGUAUGGUGAGGAGACUUGGGGUGAUGUGGCUAGAGAUAACUAG